UUAAGGUCACCCAGACAGCUGGAGGCUGUGGGCUAGAUCUGGCCCUUGAAUUUAGGUAUUUUCUCUACUGGCCCCAUUUUCUUCCAGGUCCAAACCUGCUCCUCUUCCUGACACAGGGUGGCCAUUGCGCUUCUUCUCAGUACGUGUCAACCCAGCGACACCAGAUCCGUCACCUCGGUGAGGAGUGAAGGAAGCACCUGGGAUCGGCUUACUAAUGCAAGGGCCCAAUGAAUUAUUCACAGAGGCAUUUACUUGGAGGUCCUUCCAGCCUCGCCUCUCUUUCCCCUCUCAGACCCCUGGCUCCUGACCCCUGAACUCAGCCUCGGUAGGGGGAGCCCCCUGGUGAGGAGAUGGUAGCUGAGCUGGGGGCCUGCCUAUUGCUGGUGGCGGCGCUGCUGGGCUCAGGUCCUGGGACCCAAGCCAUGGAAGGGGUCAAGUGUGGCGGCGUGCUCUCAGCGCCGUCUGGAAACUUCUCCAGCCCCAACUUCCCGGGCCUGUAUCCCUACAACACCGAGUGCAGCUGGCUGAUCGUGGUGGCCGAGGGCUCCUCCGUGCUGCUUACCUUCCACGCCUUCGACCUGGAGUACCACGACACCUGCGGCUUUGACUUCCUGGAGAUCUACAACGGGGCCUCUGGAGACCAGGGCAAUCUGCUGGGCAGGUUCUGUGGCCAGGUGCCGCCACCACCCUUCACCUCCUCCUGGCACGUCAUGUCUGUCGUCUUCCACUCAGACAAGCACGUGGCCAGCCGGGGCUUCUCCGCAGGCUACCAGAAAGACGUAUGCGGCGGUGUCCUGACGGGCCUGUCAGGGGUCCUCAGCAGCCCCGAGUACCCCAACAACUACCCCAACAAUGUGGAGUGCCACUGGCUGAUCCGCGCCUCGGGGCCUGCCGCCGUCAAGCUGGAGUUUGUGGACUUCCAGGUGGAGGGCAGCGACGAAUGCGCCUAUGACUAUGUGGCUGUGCUUGGGGCGCCUGGUCCUGCCCACGGGCACCACUACUGUGGGCGAACCCGACCGCCCACCCUUGUGUCCCUGGGCCAUGAGCUGCAGGUGGUCUUCAAGUCCGACUUCAACAUCGGGGGCCGGGGCUUCAAGGCCCACUACUUCUCAGGAGAAUGCCAGGAGGUGUUCACAGCUGUGCGCGGAAACUUCUCCAGCCCGCAGUACCCUGGCUCCUACCCCAACAACAUCCGCUGCCACUGGACCAUCCGCCUGCCCCCCGGCUACCGGGUCAAGGUGUUCGUCCUGGACCUGGGCUUGGAGGAGCCCAACAGCCUGACCAGAACCUGCGACUUUGACCAUCUGGCAGCCUUUGAUGGGGCCAGCGAGGAGGCCCAGCUGCUGGGGAAAUGGUGUGGACAUCGCCUGCCACCGCCCGUCACCUCCAGGCACAACCAGCUCCUGCUCCUCCUGCACACGGACCGAAGCACCUCCGGCAGGGGCUUCUCUGUGGCCUACAUUGGAGUGGUGCCCGUGAACGUGAGCUGUUCCCGCACAGACUUCCAGAUCCUCAUCUCUGCCCAGGCACUGGCCCCACUGGAGCGGACCAAGGUCUACCUGGGCAGCCGGACCUGUGCAGCCCAGGAGGUCGGGAGCAACUUCCGGAUCCAGGCCCGCUUUGACACCUGCGGUACGGAGUCUCAGAGAAGAAACAACACCUCUGUGAUCGUCAGCGUGCUGUACAUCGACUUCUCUGCUGCCGGGCACGAGGACAUCCAUGAGUACGAGGUGCGCUGUGAGCCAAGGCGCAAGGAGGCGUCUGCCCACCUGCUGUCAGGCUCCGAGUGGCUUGGGCCCUACGCUGCCACUGCUGAGCAUCUUCAGGAGGCGCCACCAGGAGAUGAGGCAGAGGUCCUGGAGGGUUCAGGGACCGUGGUGGCCCAGGACACCAGUGACAUCGUCUUCCUGGGCCUCUGCAUCCUGGCUGGAGUCCUUAUGGUCAUCGCCAUUGUGGUCCUGAUGCUACUGUGAGUAGGUAGAGAGCAUCCGGGGGACCCGAGGCAGAGCAGGGUGGAGCUUGUCGACUUGUUGGUGACCGUGGGCACAUCACGUUCCUCUCUGAGCCCCUGUUUGCCAGAGAUCACUGCUCCGCCCUGCUCCUCACAAGGCUCCAAGCAAAAUGUGCGAGGUUAAAGGCUCCGGAGACAGUAGUGAUCUGUUACGCUAAUUUUAAGGCUAUCCUGCCACAGGAAAGCAGGCUCCUACCUGUGUUUCCCGUGAGCUUGGAUGGCUGGGGGGUCACCAGUUUUGGGGUGAACACAACAGACUCAUUCUGCUCUUCACCAACUUGGGGUACAAAGAAGGGCGGCUCUUAGUUUCUCGGACGCUCAUUACUAGGAAGUCUAGUGUCUGUGCAGGGCCUCCUCUCUCCCAAAUUGACCCAGGCAAGACCCUCUCUGAACAACUCCGGCUCCGCCUCCAGGAACUGGGUAAGAGCCGAAGCUUCAGCUAGCGAGGUUAUUUCAGCCCCUGUCACAUCGUGGAAGACUGGUCUCCUGCACCCUAGCGGAUGCCUGCCCACAGAGGUGGCAAUGGCUGCCGAGUCCGGUUCCCGUAGAUGCCACAGGUAGGCUGAGCAGAGUGCUCAGAGUAAGGCUGGAGCUGAGGAGGCAGGUGUUUUACGUUGGGACUUUUGCUUGAAUGCCUUAUGAUCUUUGGACAAAACAAUGACUCAAGCCCAUGUGCCUCCAUCCUUGUCACCAGCUCUUCCUUACUCAGGAGAUGAGUUCUCUUUGGCUCCCUCUGUACCUUUUUCUAGUCCAGCCCCUCAGAGCUGCUCUGGUCCACCCACAUGCUAUUUCUAUGCCCUUCCCUGUGAGGAUCUCUAGAAUUAUUAUGCAAAUUAACACAGCCUUCUCCGGAGCUCUACUUGAUGGCAAGAAGUGGAACAGUCUUGUUAAUGAAAAAUAAA